AUGCCUACAGUAAUUGCUCUAGAUGUUUCCUUGUCGAUGAGACGUCCUGUCCCCACGGCAGGACAUGACGUACCUCCCAGUGAAGUAGUGGCCAGGCAUCACCUGGCUGUUCAGGGGAUCAAUCAUCUGCUUCAUUAUUUGCAAGUCAAUUCUAAAUUAGAAUUUGUUUCGUUGGUAGUAUUCUCAUCAACAUACGAAAUGAUCUGUCCCUUCACUCGAGACUAUGACAUGAUCAGGUCGAGGCUGCAAUCGAUUGAAGAACGUGAUAAAACUUGCAUAGAAACUGCUCUCCACGGAGUCAAUACAGUAGUCAUGUCAGAGUGGGGAAAUACAACCGCUUGCCAAGUUAUCCUGAUCACCGAUGGCAAUCCAGGGGUUGGACCCAUGUCCCUGGGGCAUUCUCUCAACAACCUGCAUCUUGAGAGAGAGUCCAAUCCCUUCCCCUUGCCCUUUCCUUAUCCAGGAAAGCUGAAUAUCAUCUGCAUUGCAGCUCCACAAGACGCUGGACUGAAGUAUGGCCUACCCCUGUAUCAAAGACUGGUCGAUCUGGCUGGUGGGGAGAGUGGAGUACUCGUACCGGAUGGCCAACUUUCGAAGACAACAGUUAACAAUUGUUUCCAGAAAUUAGCAGAGACCAAUUACGUUUCCUUCCAGGGAUAUCUGAAGUGUGGAAAUUUAGGAUCAAGAAUUCUUUUAUCACCUCCUCCAAUGUCCUACACAAAAAAGACAGAUUUUGAUGUGCACUCGGGGCUGACUCUCUCGAAGACUCUGGAAAUCUGCGGCUUCAUCUCAGUAGCAGACGUGGGAAGUCCAAGCUCAAUCUCCAGACAUCUAAUCCUCCCCCUACCAACGGAAAAAACGGCAAGUAUGCAGGGCAUUUCCCUGGACGACGACUCAGAUGUUGAGGACAAUGGGGACGAGGGAAGAUCUCCCUCAUUCUGCGUGCUUCUUCAUGGAGCCCUGAAGGUGGAGAACAUGGCAGCUUUGUGUCUGCUGAACACUAGUUGGUAUGGCUUCAUUUACUCCUGGGCAGACACAAAAAAAAAAUCUAAUCUUAUGCUGACACUCCUGGAGCCUGGCUGCGAUGUGGUGCCCUGGCUGGGAAAUUUCAACAACUUGGGGACUAUUGACGCUGCCUCGAAGAGUGUGGAGGUCUUGAGCUUUCCAUUGAAGCCAGCUGAGAAGCGGAGCUACUCACAGAAUGCUCCAUCAUGGAUUAGACAGGUCGGGCUGCAGUCUGACAUUCAGAAGAUCCUGAGGCAUGCGAGAAAACUCCCAGAAAAAACGCAGAAUUUUUAUAAGGAAUUGAAUAGGUUAAGGCGUGCAGCCCUGUCCAUGGGAUUCGUCGAGCUUCUCGAAGGGCUGGCAUCGAUAUUCGAGCGUGAGUGCACCCUCCUCCCUCCUAAUCUCCAUCUGGACUGCACAAUCCAGAUGGGACAUGUUGCGGAAAUGUUGAGAAAGCCUUAUUCCAGAGAAUUGAAAAAUAAUAUCACGCCAGUAAGAACUCAAUUUCACAAAGGCGAUCAAUAAUUAUUCGGACCAAAAAAAAAUUUGUAUUAAAUCAUUUGUAAAUCUACCGCCAUCAACUGAUCAAUAGAUUAAUUAUCAUUUCAUUAAUAACAA